GAUGCAGCAAAAGUUAAGGCAUCGGUGGGCUCGCUGAGGCAGCUGGCUUUUAUCUCCAGCUUCACUCCAGGACAGGCGAACGAAGCGCCUCUGAUGGAAUCUCUCAAGACCAUGCUUAAUCGUGAUGCCGAGUUGGCCGUUCAGGCAAGCUUCCGAGCCCUUUACCACGAGGCAUACGCCGUCGUGACUCAGGAGAUGCGACAGAAGAUCGAGAAGAGCGAGGAGCCUACUUCUAGGCGCCUCACCCAGCCGGAAAGGGCUGAACGUUACGACCGACAGUGCAAAAAGCUCUCGGGCAUCACGAUAAAGGGGGCUUCUGAGCCGAGCGAGGCCUUGGUAGACAGGGCAGUCUCUUCUUAUGAGAUUAAUGAGCUGCGUUACAUUCCUUGGGAUGUUUGCACAUCUCGUGAGCAGGAGGUUGUAUCGGAGCGAAAGAGAGAUACCCGGUUCACUCUUGAUGAGAACACCGGGAAAUUGAAGGUUGAGACCAAGGACGCUGAAGAUAAAGCAUGCACCACUUCUGAGGUGCAUGUGCUGCAAGCCCUUCAACGUCGCUCUCUUGCCUUAGAUCAGGCAAACCUUGUUGAUUACACUUUGAUGCAACAGUGGAGCGACAGGCUGCUUCGUGCCAGGAUGGACGAGCCGCCACCCCAGUACAAUCGUCCCUCUUGGUCUCAGUUGGUAGCUGCAGAUAAGAAGCUGUUCAGUGAGCUCCGCGACUUAACCAGGGACGGUGUCCAGAGUGACGGUGCCCAGUUCCUGGCCCCGAUUCUUCAGAUGGAAUGGGCGCGGGAACCGGUGCAGAAUUGCAUGGAUGUGCAGAAACACGUUUGA